AUGGAGCCUGCCACUCAAACACCUGGGGACGUCAAAGUCGUCCCUACUACACCACAUGUCAAAGCGACUCAGACCAUCGAUGCAGAGCAUACGCCGCCGACGCCUUCCAAGCCAAAAACAAAGGAAAUAACACCCAUACUGAAUUACCAAACGACAGAUUUCACAGUCAUCUGCGAGGGCCAGCGAUACGCAACGCACAAAAGCGUUCUCGAAGCCUCAUCACCAUACUUUGCGCGCAUGUUUCGUUUCCACGGCAGCGAGAGCAACGACAAAGAAGUAGAAAUCCCCGACGUCGACGCCAUCACCAUGAAGCAUGUCCUUGACUUUAUGUAUACAUCAACCUACCAGUUUCCCGAAGGCACACCAAUACCAUCUACAGACUACUGCAACCACAGCACCUUCGCUCUCUUACACGGUCCUGAUAAAAGCCCGCAGAUCUUCAAGCGCAAAUGUCCUUGUGCUGGCAAGUCGCUGUCCGCUUCUCAUCUUCUCCUUCACGUGCAUGUCUACACCGUCGCUGACUACUUCGACAUGGAAGAUCUGAAGAUCUAUGCACGACAGGGGGUGGUAGACGUUCUACAUGUGUAUUGGCAGUACAAGGGCUUGGAUCUAGCUGAUGCGUUGGAAGAGGCUUUCACGUCUACGCCGGACGACGACACAGGAAUUAGGGACGUGCUUGUAGAUGCGAUGAAGGAGCAUCCAGGACUGGUAGUUGAUGAGGGUGAUGUGGAGGAUUGGUUGGAGGAGCAUCCUGAGGUGCGUGAGAGGGUCAACUGGGAUGACUACAUGAAACCGCUUAAGCGGGGGGAGAAAACGUAG